AUGUGGUGUCAGCCUCGUAGCGAGGUUUCCGCCAAAGGUCAGACAGACGUAAAAGUAAUUCAAGGUGUAUUUCAAGGUCGUGGUGAUAACGUGCUGUUGAAAGGAGGAGGAGGAGGAGGAGGAGGAGGAGGAGGAGGAGGAGGAGCAGGAGGAAGGAGCAGGAGCAGGACGGGGAGGGGAAUGGAAGAGCUUUCCAUAUUUCAGAUCUUUGCCAUCACUACUUUGGUCGCAGUGACCUUUGCCGCCCCCCAGUACGGCUACGGCAGAGGGGGCGGCGACUCGAGCGAGGAGAUCCCCAUUCUUAGGGACGAUCGCGACCGUGAUGACUUCGGGAGGUACAGCGUCAACGUCGAAACCGCCAACGGCAUCGAACUGGCCGAUGCAGGAGCCCCCAACGGACCCAAGGGCGCUGUUGUAUCCUCUGGAUUUUUCUCCUACACCUCUCCGGAAGGGAUUCCAGUCCUUGUAAAAUACGUCGCCAACGAAAAUGGGUUCCAGCCCCAGUCCGACCUCCUGCCAGUGGCUCCCGAAUUCCCCCACCCAAUCCCCCAAUUCGUCCUGGACCAAAUCGCCUUUGCCGCUGAAGAAGACAGACGUGGCAGUUCUUCAAGGCCUUCCUCAGGAUCUUAUGCCCCUCCCCCCCCACGCUACAACUAGGUCACUAUUUUUCCGUGCUGGAAUGUGCAACGAACGAAUCUAUUUAUUGUUAUGUUGAAAUGUCUAAUAAAUGAUUACUAAUA